AUGACAAUAAGAAGAGCCCGUCCAGACCGGGUGCAACAUUUCCGUCCCCGCAUGCACUGCCUUAAAAAGCUGGAGGCCGUGGUGGUGGAGAUGCAGAGCGGGGUGAAGGGCUCAGAACAGAAACUCAACGUCACCACCAUCCCUCAUGUGAUCACUGGUAAAGACAUCAUUGCAUGGAUUACCAACAAGAUGAAGUCCACUACAGAAGAGAGUGAGGCCUUUGGCACCAUGUUGGUGGCCUACGGCUACAUCUACCCUCUGCAGAACCACAGGAAGCUGGUGAUGUGCAACGACUCCAGCCUCUACCGCUUCCAGACCCCAUACUUUUGGCCCACACAGAAAUGGGUUGCAGAGGACUCUGACUAUGCCAUUUACCUGGCAAAGAGGAACAUCCGCAAGAAAGGCAUGCUGGAACCCUACGAACAGGCACAUUACAACCACCUCCAUGAAUGGCUGAACCACAAGUGGGACUUUAUCGUGAUGCAGGCCACUGAGCAGUACAAGUAUGUGAGGGGGAAUUUUCAUUAG